AGGUGACGCCUUCCUGGGCUACAAGGCCGGCAUGACGCACAUCGUGCGGGAAGUGGACCGGCCGGGCUCCAAGGUGAACAAGAAGGAAGUGGUGGAGGCCGUGACCAUCGUGGAGACCCCGCCCAUGGUGGUCGUGGGCAUCGUGGGCUACGUGGAGACCCCGCGGGUCCUCCGCACCUUCAAGACGGUGUUCGCCGAGCACAUCAGUGACGAGUGCAAGAGGCACUUCUACAAGAACUGGCACAAGUCGAAGAAGAAGGCCUUCACCAAGUACUGCAAGAAGUGGCAGGACGACGCGGGUAAGCGGCAGCUGGACAAGGACUUCAGCAGCAUGAAGAAGUACUGCCAGGUCAUCCGCGUGCUGGCGCACACGCAGAUGCGCCUGCUGCCCCUGCGGCAGAAGAAGGCGCACCUGAUGGAGAUCCAGGUGAAUGGCGGCACCGUGGCCGAGAAGCUGGACUGGGCCCGGGAGCGCCUGGAGCAGCAGGUCCCAGUGAGCCAGGUGUUCGGCCAGGACGAGAUGAUCGACGUCAUCGGCGUGACCAAGGGCAAGGGCUACAAUGGGGUCACCAGCCGCUGGCACACCAAGAAGCUGCCCCGCAAGACGCACCGAGGGCUGCUCAAGGUGGCCUGCAUCAGGGUGUGGCACCCGGUGCGCGUGGCCUUCUCUGUGGCACGGGCUGGGCAGAAAGGCUACCACCACCGCACGGAGAUCAACAAGAAAAUCUACAAAAUCGGCCAGGGCUACCUGAUCAAGGACGGCAAGCUGAUCAAGAACAACGCCUCCACUGCCUACGACCUGUCAGACAAGAGCACGCUGAAAGGCUGCGUGGUGGGCACCAAGAAGCGGGUGCUAACCCUGCGCAAGUCCCUGCUGGUACAGACCAAGCGGCGCGCCCUGGAGAAGAUCAACCUCAAGUUCAUCGACACCACCUCCAAGUUCGGCCACGGCCGCUUCCAGACGGUGGAGGAGAAGAAGGCCUUCAUGGGACCACUUAAGAAGGACAGGAUCGCAAAGGAGGAGGGGGCCUGAAGGGGCUUGGAGUGUGCUGCAUUGCAAUAAAGUGACUUUCCAGGAAAAAAAAAAAGAAAAAUGAAAUUUAAG